AUGGAUGACGACGACACGGACAGAGGCUGUUCCAGUUCAGGAGGUUCUCCGGGAGGAGGUUUUUCACUGAGCUGUAAUGAUGACGACAUAUUUGACGAUGACUACGCCGGUUCAUCAAGACGCGGGAGUCGUGGAACCCGGAGGGCCAGGGGCCGGACUUCAACUCCUUCACUUUUUUCAAGAUCAACCAAUUCCGCUAGACAAGUCCAGGGAAGUUCGCCUAAUGAGAGAGCCAGCUCUCGCCCUUUGGAAGUUCCGCAGCCAAAGGGACUAGUUUUCAACUUUCAGAACGAGUUUAAACGGUACGACAAUCAAAGCGCGUUGUCACUGACACAAGUGCUGCGCAACAAACUUUGCAACGGGAAAUCGUGGUCCAAAAGGGUGCGGAGAAACUUUCCGUUUAUCGGCAUUUUCCGAGGUUAUAAGAUCAAAGAGGAUUUUCCCAAUGACCUCGUUUCCGGACUCACAGUCGGCAUUAUGCAAAUUCCCCAGAGUAUGGCUUACGCCAUGUUGGCGAGUCUUCCCCCAAUAUGCGGUCUCUAUACAGCCUUGUUUGCACCAAUCAUCUACUUCUUCUUGGGUUCUUCGCGGCACAUAUCCAUGGGAAUCAUCGCCAUUGUCAGUCUGAUGAUCGGAACUGUGCUGGACAGAGAGGUCGGAAACGAUGACGUCACUGAUAUGAGCAGCAUCCUGGCCAAUCAGACGGUUUCAAACGCCACAUUCACGGACAGAGACAUCAAGAAGAUACAAGUAGCCACUGCACUCAGCUUCGUCUCCGGUCUUUUUAUGGUUCUUUUUGGCAAACUUGGACUUGGAAUUGUGACGUCAUAUAUGUCCGAGCCCCUUGUGAGCGGAUUUACGACAGGGGCAGCAACUCAUGUCGUUACCAGCCAGGUGAAACAUGUAUUUGGAGUUAAAGUUCCUCGAUAUAACGGGGCUUUCAAGGUCAUCCAGACCUGGAUCGCUUUCUUCGGAAAUAUCUCCACCACGAACGUUGCCGCCCUCGUCAUGUCUCUAAUCUGUAUGGUUGUUCUGUACCUGAUCAAGAUCCAAGUCAAUCAGAGAUACAAGUCAAGCCUGAGAAUCCCUAUUCCCAUAGAGUUACUAGUGGUCAUACUGGGCACUGUGGCGUCACAUUUUGGCAACUUCAAUGACAAAUACGAUUUGAAUAUCGUCAAAGACAUUCCAGCCGGGAUGCCCUCUCCUCAGAUCCCGGAUGUACACCUGGUGCGGAAUUGUGUUUUCGACGCCAUUAUUAUCGGCAUUGUGGCAUUCGCACAGUCUGUCUCCAUGGCCAAGAUAUUCGCCAAGAAAAACGGCUAUAAAAUCGACUCAAAUCAGGAAAUGGUAGGCUAUGGUGCCGGAAGUGUGUUCGCCUCCAUUUUCUCGGGUUAUAUCACAGCGGCGUCUGUGGCCAGGAGUUCUGUUCAGGAGAGCGCUGGAGGGAAGACACAGGUCGCUUCGCUGUUUUCGUGUGCGAUCGUCUUCGUCGUCGUGAUGGCCGUCGGUCCGUUGUUCUACAAUCUUCCAACGUGUGUUUUGGCAGCCGUCAUCAUUGUAUCUCUACGAAGUCUAUUUCUGCAAGUCUUUGAUCUCCGGCAUCUGUGGAAGAUCUGCAAAUUUGACUUUCUCAUCUGGAUCGUGACAUUCCUGGGGGUAGUGAUCCUAGACGCUGACUACGGGCUGGGUAUCGGCAUCAUCUUCUCCCUCCUCACGGUCGUGCUAAGAGCUCAGAGAACAAAAAGCGUCACUAUUGGGGAGGUAAAUUAUACACAUCUUUUUAGAUCGACGAAGGAUUACAAGGCGAUUCACCUCGUGACGGGCGUCUCCAUAUUGUACUAUAAUUCCCCGAUUUAUUUUGCGAACGCGGACAAGUUUGUGCACAGCGUCCAUGAAGCUCUUGGUAUUGAUCCCAGUAAAGAAAAGAGGAAACGUCCAGAGGGCCACGGUGGGACUCCCGAUGUGGAAGCCGCUGAACCAGAGACCAAAGAAUUGGACAAAAAUGAUCCGCUACAAUUACAGAUGGCUGAAGAGAAAGAGAUGCUUGAGUCCGAAAAUAUGCUGAAAAUUAAACACGUUGUCCUGGACUGUAGCGGGGUGAACUUCGUGGACAUCAUGGGGGUGAAAGCUUUCGUGGAGAUAAUCGAGGAUUACAAGUCGAUUGAUAUAGGAGUCAGUCUUGCUCAGUGCAAUGAUGACGUCGUGGACGUUUUCAAGCGCAGUCCUUAUUGGAAAGAAUUCUACCAGAGAACAUACCUUCGUCUCCAAGAUUCGAUAACAGCGGCAACCAAUGGUGCAUCUUAAUAUCUCUGUUUACAUAGAUACAAAAUUUCUUUAUUUGUUAUUCAAAUACGUUUUGUUGGUGCUAACUCACGUCCAAUACAUGUGAAGUUUUAAUUCCUACUCGUUGUGGGAUAUAGCAAGCGGAGCGGACAGCCACAAAGUUUAUAAAGGAUUAUAGAGGGUAUUUCCAUGUAGUGGUGUUGCAAUGUCCGUAAAAUUAUUUACAAGCCUUGUAAAGUAAGUACUGAGAAGGCAGCUAACU